AGAGGGUUUUUGUUUUGUUGUGAAGAAAAGAUCGAAGCAAUAUCACAUGCAUCACAGCCCAUACCUCGUCUUCUUUUGCAUGGUAAAAUAUCUCGUCUCUCUCUCUCUCUCUCUCUCAUCCAAUAGGAAUAUAGGAUUAUCCCCACGAUAUCCAUCCUCACACAUUCUAUCUAUCUAAACCCUAUAAACACUCCCACACUCCCACCAAAACUUACCAUAAAAAACUAAGAAGAAAAUCCAGAAUGCAGCUCACCAUCCUCUCCCUCCUCCUCCUGGCCGCCGCCACGGACGCCCUCGUGCAGGACUUCUGCGUGGCGGACCUCUCCCUCCCGGCCACCCCCUCCGGCUACCCCUGCAAGAAGAAAGUCACCGAGAAGGACUUCGCCUACAGCGGGCUGGCCGCCCCCGGCAACACCACCAACAUCAUCGGCGCCGCCGUGGGCCCCGCCUUCGACGCGCAGUUCCCCGGCGUGAACGGGCUGGGCAUAUCGAUCGCGCGGCUGGACCUGGCCGUGGGCGGCGUGAUCCCCAUGCACACCCACCCGGCCGGCUCGGAGAUCCUGGUGGUGAUCGAGGGCACCAUCUGCGCCGGAUUCAUCUCCUCCUUCGCCAACACCGUGUACCUGAAAACCCUAAACAAGGGCGACAUCAUGGUGUUCCCGCAGGGGUUGCUCCACUUCCAGUUCAACUCCGGCAAGGGGCCCGCCCUCGCCUACGUGAGCUUCGGCACCCAGAACCCCGGCCUCCAGAUCACUGACUUCGCCCUCUUCAAGAACGAUUUACCUACCGAGCUCAUCGCCAAGACCACAUUCCUCGACGUCGCGCAGAUUAAGAAGCUCAAGGCCGUGCUCGGCGGCACCAAUUGAUUUACUUCUUCCUUAACUUGUUAGGGUUUUCAUUGUUCAUCGCUUUCGCUCGUCUUUUUCUUCAUUUCUUUUCCUUCAAUUUGCCUCAUUUUUCGUUCUAAUCUUGUUUCCUCAGCUGUUAUAUGUUGAUUUCUUCCAUGCUUUUCUUCAAA